UAUUGAGAGAAUUAACCAUCACCGACGAGCUUCAUGUCCGUCCACCUCGUGUAUACGGGAAACAUCACACCAUUGAGACGCACCAGUGCCAUCGCGAAACCACUCUCCCUUGUUGUUUCGCCCAUGAGCAUCGUCUAAGCAUCCACCUACCUCGACAAUAAUGUUUUCCACUCGUGCUGGCCACCGGAUCCUCCUUCUCGCCGUCCUCGUCACCGGCUUUAUCUCCAUCCUCUACAUCGCAUCGUUCGCGCAACCGCCACCGCCAGUGCCAGUACGGACAGGCAAAGACAGCAGCACAGCGAAGAACAAUGGACCCCUCCUAAGCGGGCACGCAAUAGCCCCAAAGCUAGGAAACGAGACAGUCAAGGCAGAACUAGGCCGGGCAGCUUGGAAAGUCCUGCACACGACCUUCGCUCGCUUCCCCGAGAAGCCCACCGAUGACGAGAAGGAAGCGCUGCGCUCGUAUGUGCAUCUGUUCCAGCGAUUAUACCCAUGCGGAGAGUGCGCCGAGCACUUCUCGACGGUGCUGGAAAAGUAUCCCCCGCAGGUGUCGUCGCGCUCGGCGGCGGCCAUGUGGGGCUGCAUGGUGCACAACAUUGUGAACAAGAGGCUUCACAAGCCCGAGUUCAACUGCGAGAACAUCGGCGACGCGUACGAUUGCGGGGUGGUGCGAAGGGCAAGGGUUCUGGGAGCUUGUUGUAGGUGUUUUGGGGAACUACCUAGAUAGACAUGUAGGUUUGUAUGUAAAUAGAUAGGUGUUUUUGUGUUUGCACUAGCAUUUCGGGAUCAUGGAAGCUGGGGGAAAGAAGAGAAUCCCUCUCCUCUGUAAACAACAAUUACCUACCCGGUACCUAGUAAAAAUGGUGGA